AUGACCCGUGCUCAACGUAUAGCAGUCAUUUCGACUAUACUAACUGCUCUAUACCUGCUUGCAUUCUUCGAGAUCCUUCAAGUUCCGCUUGUUGAAGGAGCUGUCGUGCAGGAAAUCUUACCAGUCCUACCGUGGUGGCUGCUAGUCUCAUUUGGAUCUUACUCUCUUUGGUCUUUGGGAUGGGGACUAUUAACAUUUAGAGAUUGCCCGGAGGCAUACGAGGAAUUGUUAGCUGAAAUAUCCCAAGCUAAGAAUGAACUUCGGAGUCGCGGUGUCACUGUUGAUUAA